ACAUAUUGGAUAUUGGCCUUGGCACUAUACUAGUACAGAAAGAUAAUAACAAAAGAGAGUAUGUUGUUGCUUAUGCUAGCAAGAGCCUAACUCAUCCUGAAAAAAAUUACUCAGAUACUGAUUCAACUGAAGAAGUUGAAGUAUUCUACAUAAUAACCGAAGACUAUUUUGCUAAGAGAAUUGUGAAAGAGGAUAAAAAUCAAUAUCUAGAAAAUGAACAGCAACGUAGAAAGUUAGUUCAACAAUUAAACAAAAAAUUUUAUAGAAGAGCAACUUGGACGUACAAAUGGAGUAUCACAUCACAACAAAAAAUA